CUCAUCUUCUCCGACGACCCGAUGAACGCCCUGCUGAUCGACCAGUCGGGCAACCACCUCAUCCACGUCGCCGUCAACUACAACCGCUGCAGCAUCGUCAAGAGAAUCCUCGAAACCAUCUUCGGACAAGGGGAGCUAAAUGCUGUAGACAGUCACCGCAACACCCCGCUCCAUCUGGCCGUAGCCCUGGGCUUUGAGGACAUUGUCCAGCUGCUCCUGGACUACAAGGCCUACGUCAACAUCAAGGAUGACUCCGAGAUGACCGCCCUGCACGUGGCCGCCUACGUGGGCAAUCCCACUAUCCUGAGGAAGUUGCUGGACAAUGGUCUAGACCCCAACAUCCGUGGAGAGUCGGCAUUCACACCCCUUCAUUACGCCGCCGUCUCUAACAACGGCAACUCGGUCUCCAUUCUUCUGGAGAAGGGGGCGGACAUCACAAUGACCUGUCAUAACGGCUCAACACCGCUCCAUAUGGCAGCCAAGUGCGGAUCUCUCGAUGCUGUGCUCACCAUCCUCAGAGAAGCACCCAUGUUUUGUGCCAUCACCCCCUUACUUCUGCUGGACGUUAAAGACCGAGAGAAUCAGCGACCCAUACACUCAGCAGUCGGCGGUGGUAACGUAGAGGUUCUCAAACAGUUUUUAAAGUAUGGCGCAGAUCCUAGCUGCAAACAGGACGAUGGGUUGACCGCUGUCCACUACGCCGCUAUCCAGGGCAGCCUGGAAAUGCUACAGGCCAUGAACAACCUCAACAGGAAAUCGACCCUGUUCGCUGCGGACUCCGUAGACGUCCAGGGACGCACACCACUUCACUGGGCGGCCAUUUUUAACCACGCCAGCGUCACCAAAUACUUGAUCGACUUGCCAUCAGACAUGAACGCGUUUGACUCCAUGAAGCUGACGCCUCUGUUGGCGGCCGCCACCAAUAGUUCAUGGGCGGCCCUGAACGUCCUCCUCAGCUACGGCGCCGACACCUCCCUGACCAACUCCUCCAAGAGGAACUUCUUGCACCUAGCUGUCAUCAACGGCAUGGAAUUGAAUGAGACGUUCAAAGCCCUCAAGUACAUCAAGAACAUCAGUGCCAGAUGUAACGAGAAGGACAUAGCGGGCUACACGCCCCUACACUACGCCGCAGAGGAGGGGCUGCAGUUGGUGGUCAAGAACAUCAUCUCACUGGGGGCCUCGGUCACUCACAGGAACAGGUACCGUCAGACGGCCUUCCACCUGGCGGCCAAGUUCGAUCGACCAUUCACCUGUCAAAUUCUGCUCCAGAGUGCCAACGGUGCCGUCUUGAAGAACGACACCGACCUGGCUGGCAUGACCGCCCUACACUACGCCGCCCAGGAGGGUCACCUACGGAUCCUCAACUUCCUCAUACAGAAUGGCGUCCUCGUCACAAAAGACAACAAAGACAACACGCCCCUCCACCUAGCCGCCAUGAAGGGACACCGGUCCUGUGUCUCGAGGAUACUCGCCGUGCACGGCUAUCUGCUGGACUCAGCCAACAACGAGGGGAACACAGCCCUCCACCUAGCGGCCAGCAUGAACCAUGCCACGGUGGUCGAUGUCCUUCUGACGGCCAAAGCGGCCAUCACGGAGAACAUGUACGGCCUGACGUUUCUUGACGAGGUCAUCUCCAACUGUCACCUGGCAGUGGCGGAGGUGGUAAUCAAUCAUAACAGGUGGGAAGAGUGUCUACAGAGGACGUCUAAAAAGUUUGGUCUUCCCAUUCUCGGCUUGAUUCAACAGCUGCCUUCGGUGUUCGUGCAUGUUCUGGACCGGUGUGUGAUUUACUCCGAAAAUGACGAGGAGAGUGAAGAGUAUUACGAACAUUUCAACUUUCGAUAUCUCCAUUUACCCGACUCAUUCAAAGACUUUGCAAUGCAGAACAAGUUUGCGAAUACGUCACUGCUACCUUUGAAGGUCAUGAUGGACUACAAGCGUGUGGACUGUAUGGCUCACCCACUGACCGUGACCUUCUUGUGGGUCAAAUGGAGAAAGUACGGACGGAUCAUCACCGUGUGUGACCUAGUCAUGUACUCGCUGUAUCUGGUCAGCCUGACCUACUUCAUCGUCACCAAACGCAGCCUCUUGCACUACGAGAAGGUGGAGUUGGGCGGCGUGUCCUCAUGGGACCUGCGCAACUUCGACGACUUCUCCACCGACCCCAACUUCACAGAUCGUCUGGCCAGUAUCCGCGUUCCGCAGAGAAAAAUCUGGGAAAUUACUGACACCUGGUUUCCGCCGGAAGCCGGUAGAAAUAAGUUCGCCACCACGGACCUCAUCGUACUUUGGAUGAUUGUUUUUUUCUGUGGCUUUCAUCUAUGUAAAGAAAUGUUUCAACUUUUUCAAAAUAUAAAGUAUUAUUUCUUAGAUAUGAGGAAUAUUCUGGAAGAUGCAACAUAUAUUUCGUCACUGAUCUUCGCCAUCCCCUUCAUCUUCGGCUACUCAACGCAUCUACAGUGGGAAUGUGGAGCUAUUGCAGUGUUCCUUGCCUGGUUUAACUGUCUAGUUCAGAUACAGAGGUUUGACUACGUUGGUAUCUACAUCAUCAUGUUCCUUGCCAUUAUGAAAACAUUAAUGCAGGUGUUCCUCAUUUUCGUCAUCCUGGUCACAGCGUUUGGUCUCGCCUUUUAUGUGCUCAUGCAGGAAGAGCCCUCGAAAGCCCACAGUACCCCGUUCAUGUCGCUGUAUCGAACGUUCAUCCUUACCUUUGAGAUCGAGUACCUGUUGACGGUCAACACUGUGUACCUUGACAACGACCCCGAAACUCUCCAUUUCAGUCACCUCACCUUCUUCUUUCUCGCCCUGUUUCUCUUCUUCAUGCCGUUGUUGCUUGUUAAUCUUUUAAUCGGGUUAGCUGUCGGGGACAUCGCAUCAGUACAGCGAGACGCCAAACAACAGAGGCUAGCGACACAGGUCAACUUUCACAUAGUGGUGGAGGGCAUUGCUCCAUUCCUCUCCCAACUUAAAGACGAUUUCAAAAACUACCCAAAGAAGACAGGAUACUCCAGCCGAGGGACGACACGAGUUAAAACCCUCGCCAGAGAAGAGGGACAGAAGUCAGAGGAGAGCGCUAUCAAAAAAGAAGUUCUUAGCAUAAAGUCCACGCUUGACAAUCUUUUUACUGUAUGUGACGAUAACCGACAAAUCAUGGAGAGUAUAAAGAAAGCGAUUGGUUCUUCGGCGUCAGACGAGAAAAUGGAUCAAGCUAAAGAGCAGAAAGCAAUUAAUGAAGCUUUUGUGAUAGACUAAAACAUUACCCACAUUUGUUGUUACUUUU